AUGACGUCGCUGUUAGAUAGUCUGAUUAGGCCGCUUGAUCGGCAGCCCUCGCCGUCGCUUUUGCCGGACGAUUUCCUCGAAAUGCUCAAAAGUCCAGACUUUGACGUUCGCUUGCAGGUUUUUUUUUCAGUACAAAGAAUUAUUUGAAAUGUUGACUUCACUCUGUAGACUUUAAAUCGAGCAGUCGGAAUAGUCAAGCGGGACGACGAUUGGUUCAACAGAUUUUCCAAGAAAGGAGAACUUUUCAAGGUGAUCUUAGAGAAGAAAAAAAAGAGAAUCUUGAAAAUUUCAGUGUCUGGAUCGAAUUCUGGUCGACGAAAGAUGGGAGCUACAGCACCAAUGCAUCAAAUUCCUCGUGGAAGCCAUGCCAACUUUUGGCGGGGUAAAAUUUCUAUUUCUUCUGAGGAACAACUAGUGAUCACUUUGAGAGCAUCUACUCUUUAUUUAUAAAAAAGCUCUGCAGGAAGAAACACACUUUUUGGAAAUCUCUUUAUAAGCUUCUCUUUCAACAUUGGAAAGCUAAUUAAGGCGUGUGAGUACUGCAUGUGCUACGUCAUGCCCAACCUCAUACCGAAAUUGGCGAGUUCAAAAAUAACCGUGAGACGGAUCGGCCUCCAAGCCAUCUUGACUUUCCUGCGACUUCGACCAGAGGCUCUCGGCUCUGUUUUGGUGAAUUUUCGCUCUCUUGAACGCUCUGGACGUUUCUGGUUCACAGAAAAUGCUUUCAAAUUACGUGGCGACCGGAAGAGAUUUGCUCGCCAAAGGAGAGGUCAUUCAGGAAGUUCGAGCUUUUUUCAUCCCUGAGGUUUUUUGCUCCAUAUUUUUUGAAAAUGAGAUAGUCUUUCCAGCUGAUCAAAGGUAACUGGAACAACAUGAUGGACGCCCUGACCAAGGAAGUUUCUGGCAUCGGAAUCGACGAGAAAGUCGGCGUCACAAUGGCCCAAUUUCGAGGUUUUCAUUUGAUUCGACUGGUCUGAUGUUUGAGGCAGGGACAAAUUGAAGUAAUUUGAUUUUUGAAAAAGAAAAUAAACUUAUUGCGUCUGUGAAAAAAGACCUUGUUCAACAUUUUUUUUUCUUUCCAUUCUAGGAAUCGAUGCAUUAUUUAUAUAGUUGCAAAAAGUAGCUCAUAGUGUUUUCUGCGUUUUCAAAGCGCUUAUCUAUUGACCCUAUGCGUAAGCCGUUUGUGGUCGGGGGCUUUACAGAAUAAGUUUUCGCUUAGGAUCUUCCUAUAAACGACCUCCUAGUUGAAAAAAAUUGAGUGUGCUGUAGUCUCAAAUUACAGUCUACAUUGGUACGGACGCUUUCGCAGCAAUGGCAGAAUCGCUGGAAGAGCCUCGUCGGCAAAGGAUCGAACAUCUUUCUCGAUUUUUCGAGCACGGAGAGAAAUGUUUUCCUCAUUUUUCUCCUAAGAUCUCAAUUUCAAAUUCCCAGUGGCAGCUCCUGGAGCACCGGCACGAGCCAACAUCAAAUUGCAGUCAGGAGAUGAACGGCGUCUUCGCUUCGGAAUCGUGCCUUCUGUCGUGGCAACUCUCAUUUCCGACGAAAAUGACACCAACGCGAGGAUCUCCGGUCUGGAAAAGGUCUGAAAACUUCAUUUCGUCUUUCAUAAAAGUUGUUUAGCUGAAACAAAUCAUGGAGCAGAUAACAGCGGAAGAAGUGACACGGAUCGUUCCUCACCUCCAUUCGUAUCUUCUCCUUCUCACUCAUGUCCUCUCUGAUCUCAAUUUCAAGGUAUCUGUCUGAACUGACUUGAGGAACUUUGUCUACUUCAGGUGAUUGUCGUUGGCCUGGACGUGGUCAGACUCACCGUUAACAGGCUCAAAUCUCACAUGGAAGCUCAUCUUCACGUAAUAAUCAUUUUGAAGUCAGUAUUCACCAUCAACAAUGUUUAAGCAAGUCGUGUCGAUGUUGUCAAAGCAUUUUGGCAACCAAAAAGCCGUCAUCAAGCAACUCAUCAUGAUGACCUUCAUGGAUUUGUUCCAGGUAGCGAAGUUUGAAGUCAAACGAAGGUAAUUCAAAGAUUUUCAGAACACGACUCCAAAGUCAGUAGCCGCCGCCUUGAGAGUUCAUUUAGAAAACAAGAACUCAAGAACCAGAGAAGAGGUUAUUAUUAUGUUCACAGGUUUCUUUCAAAAAUAAUCAUUUUCAAGGUCCUGAACAUUUUGACUGCCGCUUUAAUGACGACCUCACCAUCCAAAGUGAAUCUGAGUGUUGUCGCCAACAUGCUCGUGCCUCUUUUGAUUGACCCGAAAAGGCGUGUGAGGCAAGUUUUGCAGAUACUUCAAAUAAAUAUUGCUUUUUUUUCAGAUUGGCGGCUUUUGAACAGCUGACAGUCGUUUCUUACAUGCUGGGGGGAAAGUUGGAAAGUGUCAACAAAGCCGUGAGAGAAAUCGAAACGGAACAGAAUCUACGUGGACUUGCAGAAGCCGUCACGGUACAAUCUUUUAGUCGUUUUUUAUAAGAACAAAAUACGAUUAUCUUUCCAAAAAUUUUGCAGUAAUGUACUUUUGAAUUUUUGCUUUUUUCCGCUAAAACUUUUCUUUUUGUUUUUGCGCGUCAAGCGGCGUCGGGUUGCGAUAUUACGUCACUCUGAAGCAAUUGAUGUGUUUUUUAAACCAAAAAUUCGAAAAAAAAACUUCUAUGGAUUAUUUAUUUAUUUUUUUCUCUUUUGAGUUUUUGAGAGUGUGAUUUCAAUUUCUUUCACUAGAUGAAGUUUUCAAUUGAAUUAGAGUUAGAAUAUGGAUUGAUGAUUCAUCGAUGAAUGAAACUAUUAAGACUUUUUUGAGCUUUUUUCUCAUUUUUAGACAAAAACAUACAAAGUAAAUGGCCUAUGUUUAAUAUAAGUUUAUUGAUCGAAACGGUUGAAUGUGUUAAACUCCGAAAAAAAACCUUGGAAACUUAAAGGAAUAGUGACGAUAGAAAUUUUCAAGCAAGCCGCUGAAUGUUUAUUUUUGUUGUUAUAAUAUUCAGUUCGAUCGAAGUUUUUUUUCAACAAUUUCGAGCGAAGUUAUUUCUGAAAAAAUUUUUUUUCAUUUUAAGUUUCUAUGAGAGUUUCCCUUUUUUUAUUGUUCUUCUUUAAAAUUUUCAAAACCAAAGUUCAGGCGAGAAUUCGACGCCAGCUCCUCCCUCGAAUUCGGUACGAUGGUCUCAUAGAAUAUUCAAUCCCACCGAUAUCGGACACCGCCUUUGACGUCUCCGAAUCCGAGAUGGCUAAUCCAGAGAACGCCGAUUUGCUUUGGAUCCUGAACUCAGGCGCUAAUGAUCCUAAUGACAGGUUUCGAAGACAAUAUCUUCUAUGUGGAAGGCUCUUAUUUCAGAACUGCUUCUCCAGUUAGUCUAGCAGGGAAUCUAGCCAUUAUCCGCCAACAAAGGCAGGUUAGUCAGGAUUUUUGUUGGACUGAAGAAAAUCAUAUUUUUUAAUUUCUAGGCCGGUCAAACUUUCGACCGGAUGAAGAGUGAUGACGCCAUCAUACGUCGUCAAAACUCAGGUGGGAACAUUUUUUCAAUUAUUUUUUUCUUAUAGAGUUCUGAAUACUUCGAGGUUUUCUCCUUAAGAAGACUCCGAUUAAAUGAUAUUUUUGAACCUUUUAUGCAAUGUUAAUAUUCGCUUCUUCUUUUCAUUUUUCGUUUUUAAUUUGUGUUCUUAUUUCUAUCCGAUUAGCAGCUGCCACUUUGGAACUUCAUUGAACGCUAUUUUUUCAUACUUAGCCUUCAAGAAAUUGAUCUCAACUGAAAAUAUUUUUUGAACAUUUUUCAGCCAAGAACUAUUUUUCCGCUCAGAAUUUUGAAACUCAUGAGGAAUUUUUGGCUUUAAAUCGCAGUCUUCCAAUUUUUCGGUCUGUUAUCCUCAAAAUAGUUGAAACCUUCAAAUCAGUUUUCAGUUAAAAUUUUUAUCACAUCAGUGGAUAUUUUUUUAUGAUAUAGACAUUGAAAUUGAAGAACCACGACUUUAUUUUCGAUCAUAAAUUAAGGUUUUGAAGAAAAAAAGGAAUGUAAGAACGAAGUGUAGUAUCAUCAAGAAACAUGAUUUGGCAAGUAUGAGAACAUUUUUUUUGAGAAAUUUGAACUUUAGAAUUUUAGUGUUCAUAUACCUUCUCUUUAUCAGUGACUUUUUACAGUGGAGUACUUUAAUAUCGUACACCUUUUUCCAAUUUUAUUUUUUCUUCUCCUCGACCUGAACUAUUGUUGAAAAAGUGCGUGAAGUCGUUCGAAGAAUGCAUUGUGCGGAAAACACAACAAUUGGUCGCCCCCGUCUCCUUUUUUGGCGCCGCCGUUGCCAGGAGCUGCAACUAGCGUCCACUCUCCCCUGAAGUCGUCACAUUAGAUGGGCUCCUCGGCGAGUCGAACUUUUUCUGCCACGGCAACACGAGUCCGACCAAUCGGUGUUGACACCUUACUUCACGUUCAGCGCGUUUUCGAACCUGUUAAUCGACGUAUGAAUUCUUUUUUGUUGCUUUUGUGAGAGCGUUUCCUUCUUGUUGAGAAAAAAGCUGACUGAUAAAUUGGAAUGGCCGUUCAAAGCUCCCCGUGUCCCCACCUUUUUUUCAAAGUUGUGUUUUCUUUAUUCCAGUACAUUUUGAAACAUUUUUUUAUCUAUAGUUUUUCGUUUCAAAAAUCAAAAAUUUGAAGAAAACGAAAUUUUUUUGAAGAUUAUCAGUUCACAUUGGUUUAAAGACACUAAGUUGCAAAAAAAAAUACGACAUCUUCGUUCUGAUUUUGAAUUAAAUUGCAAAUCAAUUUUUUUUGUAAGUUUUCACUCUCUUUCGAAACCUCGAAUUCAUCAAAGUUCAAAUUUUGGCCAAAUACGCGACCGGAAAUGGUUAGCUCUCCAGCCCUUUCUUGCGCUAUUUUCCGACAGCAUGAGUAAUGCAAAAAAAUGUUUCCUCUGUUAAAAAUCCUCUUUAGAUGUCUUUAGUGACAUAAAACCGAAUAAAUAUACUUUGAGACUGAGAGCAGAGUUUUUCAUUUCGAUUUCAAUUUUCGAGUCAUCAGAAGUCUGCUUUUUUUCAAAUAUCAUUAUAAAUAUUUAAAAAUUUUUUUGCAAACCGUUCGAUUAAAAAAAAUUCUAGCUGUUUCGAAUCCCAACUCGAGCACAAAUUCUUGGCACACACCGAAACGUCACAACUCCGUAGCCGACAAUUCUCUCGACGAUGGUUGGUUUUUCUUUCCUUUUUUUUCAUGCUGACUUCAAUUUGUCUUCUCUUUCAAUCUUUGUUUUCUCAGAGAUUCCUUCGACAACCUCUGCUGCGCCGAAUAACGCUCAUCACGUGAGUCAAUCCGAAAAGAGAAAAAAAGAGAGACUUUUUUGUAGUUGCCGAGAAAGCCAUCCAAAGAGGUGAACAACAACACGGAGAAGCUCCCGAAAAAGGUAUGAAAAGAGAAAAAAGCUGGCUUUAUCCUUAUAAAAGAGUGCGAGGUUGAGAGAUUCGAGUUCCAGAGUUUGAUGACGAGGGCUCGCAGUGAUAGCAACGUAAACGACGACCAUGAAGAGAUGGAAAAUUAUCCGCCGACGACGUCGGGAUUCGACGAACGGCCGGCCGUUGCCAGUGGACAGUACUCCUUCAGCGGUUGGUUUUUUAUUUCCCAAAUUUUUCGAGUUUCCGGCAAAGAAGGUUUUCGUUUUUUUCAAAAUUUUCUUGUGAAAGCUGUGCAAAAAUAGUAAUUUGCCUAUUUCACGGUACUUUUUCGGAUAACAAUUUUUUUUUCCAAAUCUACAAAUAGUCUCCAAAUUUCAUUCCAUUGUUUUCUCGUCAGUAUAAAAAAGGUGAAAAACGCAGUAAUUUGCGAUCUGUCCCACAUUGCAUUUUUAAACGAAUUUCAAAAUUUUAAUCUCGCAAUUCUUUUUGAAUUUUCCGUUUCUCAAUAAUAAAAAACAUUUUUUCUCUUUAUCUCAAACUUAUCCUUUUCUUUCAUAUUUUUCCUUACUUUUUUCGUUGUAAGCUUCUUGAAAAAAAAAAACAAGUAUUGCAAGGACUUCUGUGAUUUUCGGAAGCUCGUAAUAAAAAAAGGGUUCUCAUUGUUAAAAAGAUAAAUAAUUUUUCAACUUUUUUUUUGAAAUUCCUCUCGGAAGUCUUGAAAACCUUUUUCUAUUGAGUUUUUUAUUGCUCCUGUAGAAAAAUGCGCAAGCUAUAUUUUUUUUUCAAACUUUGGUCAUGAAUUAUUCUCUCCGAGGGGCGAAGUGUUUUUCAUACGAAUUCCUGAAGACCUGAACGUUUCUUUUUCACAAAUAGAGUACAACUAGAGUGGGCCGUCGUCCAUUAUUCAGUCGGGGUGCUCUUUUUGUGAAACAAACGGCCGGUCGCCCCACGAAACGGCGAGGAACAUCCCGCCCCCGGCCUCUCGACCACUAAUGCCUUUCCGCGACAGCUACCUGCCGCCAAUUUUCCCCCGCAAAACCGAGUCUUGGCUCGACGGCCGACAGUACCUCUGGAGUGCUCGUACGAGCCUUUUUUCAGUUCUUUCUGAGAACUCAGAGUUGCCGUUUCAGAAUAUGACGCCCCGACGCCGAUCCCGCUCGCGAAAAAGAGCGCCAGUCAUCACAGUCUUCCCAUCACGCAACAUGUUCCUUUGAAAAACGUCGUGAGUUCGCUUUUUGAUAGAACUAAUUAAAUAUUUCCAGUGCAAAACUUUAUUGAUUUCAUUUAAAAGUUAGAAGUUCUAAAAGGACGCUGAAAAAUAUCAAUUUCAUUUCAAAAGUGGCCCUAUGCUUCACCUAAUAAUAAUGCUAUUGAUCAAGCUUUCCUUUAUUCGCUUUUACCGAAUAGAAGAAGGAAAAAUUCGAAAAACAAGAAUUUUAGAAUGAAGCUGGCUUAAAAAACAGAAUGAGAAAGAAAGAAAUAUAAAAUUACUCCUGAAGUUUUUUAACCAUAAGAAUUUUCCAAAGUUCGUGAAUUGAUUCGGGGCUUUAUGGUAGUCAAAUUCAUCUCCUUCGAAAAAACUUUAUGAUAAAAACGGCAUGGGACGGAAAUUGCAAUUGAUAAAAAAAGGAUGAAGAUUUGUUUUCUGAUAGCUCAUUAAACUUCAAUAUAUGAUGAUAAUGAAAGUUUUGUUCAUAGUGUGGAUUGGAGUUGAAGGCAAAAAAAAAUUCUAAAAGCGGUUCUAAUAAUUUAGUGACCGUAGGCGUUUUUCCUUAAACACAGGUUUCAGAAUAUAACUCAUACAGUUGGUUAAAAAAAAUGAUUUUUGAUUUUUUUGUUCUUCUGAUCAUCAUUCAAACAAAGUUUUUUUGGGGGUUUUUUUUUACUUAAAAAAAGUACAAUUUUUUUCAGGGAAUUCUUUCUUUUUUUCAGUGUUAUCCAAAAAAAUAGAAACUCCAUUGCGUGAUGUUUUUUUGUUCCGAAUAGGAAGAUCUAAUUUUUUUUUGAAGGAUCAAAUAAAAUCAAGCUUUGUGACGAUAGGGUGCUCAUUUUUUGUAAUGAAUUUUAAAUUAAACUAAAUUAAGAAGGUUGACGAAAUUAAGCCGAUAUUGAACUCAGGAAGGGACUGACUUUAAUUGAGGUGCGUUGGGAGAAGCUGAUAGUGGCUUUCAAAAAAUGUCGGCCAGUCUUUUUUUUUUUUGCACUAUUUCGCUCAUUGCGAAUUACUAUUUUAAGAACAUCCAUCUAUUUUUUCCCACGUCCGAUUUGUAGCAAUCCCAGCCGCAACGAAAAGCACAAGAACUGGUGAAGUCUGCACAAAACGGCAAAUCGAAGUCGAACAGCAAGUUGAACUCGGCGGGAAAGUCGCCGCAGAGGUCAUGGCAACCGAACAACAACACGACGACGAGGGCUCACUCCUUGGGAAACGACGCCUUCAACGUUCCGCAGGCGCUCAAGCAGAUCGACAGCGACGAAUGGUGCGCAGUUUCACUAAAAACAUUUUCCAUUGGCUAGAGAAACCUUUGAAAACAAGGAAAAGCACAAGAAAAGUACCUAGAAAGGAGCUUCGUGAUUACUUAUGUACUUUAUUUUCAUCGUUGGUGUGAGGUUGUCGGGUAAGUUUCUGAUUAUGAGUGUAAUCAAAAUUUCGGUUAAGAAGGAAAUGAAUUGAAAAAGUGAGAGGCAGACUAGCUUGAGAAUGUAUUUCAUAAAGCUCUUCUUACAGACAGCAUGAUAAUGAUUAUGUAUACGUCAUAUUUAGUUCUGAAAUUCGUUUAGGUCGGACAAAGUCGACGGCUUGAAUAUGAUUGCCGAGCUCUCCGAAACGAACGGACGCCAAGUCGUUGACAAUCUCAAAGAGGCUCGUUUUUCCCCACAGCCACACGCCAACGUUUCCCAUUCUCAGGUCGUGGCGGCAAUUCUAAACGAGUGUAAAAAUCUGCGGUCAAGCGUGUCGCGUGUCGCUUUGGUCGCCAUCGGCACCUUGGCUCAAAAUUUGAAGUUCAAAAUGGACGGCGAACUGGAGAAGGUGGCGAUUACACGAGAGACUCGUUAAAUGAGAAAAAGAACAGAUUUGCGUGGUUCUUAUGAACAAGGCGGGCGACGUCUCCAACGCCUUCAUUCGGGAAGACGCGACUGAGGCCUUGAACAAGGUUGUGAGGAAUUCUACGCCCCACAAAGUCAUGCUGGCCAUCAUCUCGUCUGGGGCCAAGUUAGUGCUUUUGAAAUAAACUUUUGAAAAAAAUUCCUCUUUACAACUUAAUUCAUCAUAGAAGUUGAGAGAUUCAUCCAUAGUGGGACUUUUAGAUAAGACUAGGCUCACGAUGUAGUUUUCUACGCUAAUCCCGGAUCUGUGUACAAAAGUUGCCUUUGAGGUCUGUAAAAAAAAAGAUAGGGGCUGUCAAAUUUGAAAAAUUCAACGUCAUUUAUAAAGGAUAGAUAGUUCCAUUCCUCUGAUCACCAAAAAUGAUCAGAAAACUAAAACAAAAGACUUUUUUCAGGUCAAAGAACAACACGAUCCGAGCCUCUUGUGCGAGUUUCGUCUUCGAACUUCUGGACAUCCAGGGCUCCUCAGCCGUUCUGAAUAAUCCCUCCAUUUUGUCCCAUCUUUUACCAGCCAUCGUCCAGUUCAGCAAAGACCAAACGCCACAAGUCCGUCAGUCCGGUAGACAGAGUCUUUGUCUCCUCAGCGGAGUGAGCACUCCUCGGCUUUUCUCUUUCAGUUUUCCUUUUUCAGGACAACCAAUUCGAAAAGCUGAUUCGAAAAAAUGCGGGUGAAGCAGAGUUUAAAGUAGUGAAGGAGAUUCUGGGCAACAUUGAGAAGAAAGGCGGCAUCGACGCCUUGGAUUCCUCGUCUCUUAGUCUGAACGGGACUCUCACUCGGGUCGGCAGCAUGAGGAAAACGCUGAGAAAACUGCCGGACAGUGUGCAGCUGGACCUUGAUGAAGUGCGCACCGAACUCUCGGCAACCAGGUAUUCUUGGCAUUCCCACUUUCACUGAUCCUGAAAACAAGCUGGGAGCGACGUCUACAUGGUCUGACGCGCUUCGAGGAGAUGACGUCACAUGGAGCUCGUGCCGUCGCGACGGACACACGUCUUCUGGAGGCCUUCAUCGCAAGACUCAGCGACAUCAACAGCAAAGUUUCGCAGCAAGCCAUGGAAACUUUCCUGACAACUCUGCCUUCAAUGAGCAAGUUAGUGGCUGUUAAUACACGAUUUUCGAUGGAACUUUGAUAUUACAAUUAUCUUCACAAGCUUCUAGUUUAACAGAUAUUAGAAAAUUAGAAAAUUUAUAUUUUAUCUUUCUUCAACGCUCGUCAUACUUUUUUGAUCAAGUUUUAUCUUCUGAAAAAAAGGCUUUAUUUCUGUUCUUACCCAAUUAGGAACGAAAAAUUUUACUUUUUAACAAAAAAAGAAGUCAUUAAAAAGCAUUUAGUGUAUAAAAAAGUGCUUAAAUUUAACUCCUUCCCCAACUAAUGAAAAAUCUAGCUUUUCUGCUCUCUGUUAUCUCUUACCUGCGGCACGUUCGUAAAAAAAAUAUAACAGCACGUGAAAUCGUCCUUUCCGAGAUCUAAUUUUAAAACAGAGGCUUAAUUUUUCUUUUCAUUCAAUUGAUGAUUUAAAAUAAAGACCGAAAAGAUACAGAGCAUAAAUAAAACUCGAAAACGUAUUCGGGCUAUAUUUGUGAUUUAACAAGUACCUUCCUGUCACUAUUUGAGUUAUCUUUCGUUUGAGGUUCUACUCGAGCGAAGCUAACUUGAAAGCCAUUCUCAACCAGUUGGUGUUGGCCCUGAUGAGUCAUCUGCCGAGCAAAAGCGAAGAACAUCGCCAGCUUGCUCAGAACUGCCUGCAACAAUCCGUCAAACAGAUCGGUUAGUCCUUUUUAUUUCUUGAAAUUAAAAAAAAAUUGUGUGAAUUUGAAGACGUCGUCAGUUUGAUGCCGGCCCUUGGUGCAGCCGUUCGCAAAGCCAAUUUGAAGCAAAAACCCUUCAUGGUGCAAAUUCUUUGCGGUUUGUAUCCUCCUUCCAGUUCUUCUCAUAUUUUUCUUCUUAAGAACUGAUCAAGAUCGCUUACAAGUCGAAGCCGAAGCAAGUUGGGGUUCGUUAAACUUUUUUCACAGUUUCAGAAGAACUUUUAGUCUUGUAACACUCCUUGAUUCAAUGUAGUUUUCACGAAAAAAAAAAUCGACAUUGAAGGAAUGAAAUGAGAUGUUCGAUAGAGAAAAUGAGUGAAUAAGUUGAGGUGGUCGCACUGCCACUACUCUGGGAAGCGCUCAAAGGCAGUAAUCAAGAUGCAGAUAACAAGAAAGCCUCAACUCAACUCGCGAAAACCUUAGCCCGUCUGGUUUGGACUAAAUUGCUUGAGUCAGAAAAACAAAAAUAUCUCAGGUCGGAGAGAAAAAUAUCCUCGACUACGCAACAUCGGAGCUCGAUCCACAACGCAGAAAAGCCUUCGAAGCCAUUCUCCGGUGA